AUGUUUCUCCGCGCACUGCGGACCAAGAGAAGCAGCUCAACAUUACCAGGCACUGUCUCGUCCCUCGCUCGGCUGAUCGACGAGCAGCUCCCCUUGGAAGUCCCGGAGCGAGGAACCCACCUUCCCCCAGCAUCCCGGACCGGUGGGUUCCGGGGAAGCAAUGGUUCUGGGGUCACAGGUAACCCCAGCAGACGGGGCUCCGAGUUCCAAGCUCCAGGGGCCGCCGGCGGCUUGGAGAUGAACGGGAGCCAGGGCUGGAACUCCUCCCAAAACUGGGAACUGAGACCCGAGAGUGUGAUCGUCCCCUUUGUGUUCUGCCUCAUCUUCCUGCUCGGCACGCUGGGCAACAGCUUGGUGCUGGCCGUCCUGCUUCGGAACGGUCAGAUGAACUGUAACACCACCAAUCUGUUCAUCCUGAACCUGGCGCUGGCCGAUCUCUGCUUCAUCCUCUGCUGCGUGCCCUUCCAGGGCACCAUCUACACCCUCGACUCCUGGGUCUUCGGCUCCUUCAUGUGCAAAGCCGUGCACUUCUUCAUCUACCUGACGGUGUACGCCAGCAGCUUCACCCUGGCCGCAGUCUCGGUGGACAGAUACCUGGCCAUUCGCUACCCAUUGAGAUCCCGGGAACUGCGCACUCCCCGAAAUGCCAUGAUCACCAUCUGCAUCAUCUGGGGAAUCUCACUUGUCUUUGCUGGUCCCUACCUCAGCUACUACCAGGUGAUCCACUACAGGGACCUCACACUCUGCUUCCCAGUCUGGGAUGAUUACAGCCGCAAAAUUAUGGACAUUUCCACUUUCAUCUGUGGAUACAUCAUUCCAGUGUUGAUCCUGAGCUUGGCCUAUACCAGGACCAUCAGGUACCUCUGGACUUCUGUGGAACCCAUAGAAAACAUGUCUGAGUCUAAGAAAGCCAAGCGCAAGGUCACUAAGAUGAUCAUCAUUGUGGCUGUUCUCUUUUGCCUCUGUUGGCUACCCCACCACCUGGUUAUCUUAUGUUUCUGGUUUGGCCACUUUCCACUUAACCAGGCCACCUACAUUUUCAGGCUCUUGUCACACUGCAUGUCCUACGCCAACUCCUGCCUCAACCCUAUUGUCUACGCCCUGGUCUCCAAGCACUUCCGCAAGGGCUUCAAGAAAGUCUUCAACUGUCUGCUGAGGAAAAAGGUCGUCAAUAAAGUCCAUGUUGUACAAAUGGUCCAUACAGAGGCAGGAACCACUGAGGCAUCUCACAUCAGUGAACAGAACAACCAAGCAACCAGCCAGGAGUGGAGCCAGCCAGGCCCUGCAGAAGAUGAAGUAAUGCCGCCAAAAACCUUCAUGGCAUUCAAUGCUACCUAA